ACUUUCUUCUAACUUCCGCGACCUGUGAGCUUCCCUCCUUUCUACCCCGGCCCCUUCUGUCCAUCCUUGGGUCCAGCGGACCACUGGGAUCCCCUCGACCCCCCGCUCGGACUCCUGCCCUCUACUCCCAGGAUCCUGUCAUCCUCGUCUGUCGCUCUCAACCUGCCCGCGUUCUCUGCUCCAUCCCUGCGCUCCUACCACAGCUCACGAGAUCCGUCGGAUCCAGGGCCCGGGUUCCCAGGGCUCUCCCAGCCGGAUCCGGGUGGGCGCCGGGCUGGGGGUCCGGCCAGCCCUCAUGGCCGCCGCCCCCUCCCAUCCCGCCGGGCUCCCGGGUUCUCCCGGGCCGGGUUCUCCUCCACCCCCCGGCGGCUUGGAGCUGCAGUCGCCACAACCUCUGCUGGCCCAGGCUCCCGCCCCGGGCUCCGGGGUCUCCUUCCACAUCCAGAUCGGUCUGACCCGCGAGUUCGUAUUGCUGCCCGCCGCCUCAGAGUUGGCCCAUGUGAAGCAGCUGGCCUGUUCCAUCGUGGACCAAAAGUUCCCGGAGUGUGGCUUCUACGGCCUUUACGACAAGAUCCUGCUCUUCAAACAUGACCCCACGUCCGCCAACCUCUUGCAACUGGUGCGCUCUGCCGGGGACAUCCAGGAGGGCGACCUGGUGGAGGUGGUACUGUCCGCCUCUGCCACCUUUGAGGACUUCCAGAUCCGCCCGCACGCCCUCACGGUGCACUCCUACCGAGCGCCGGCCUUCUGCGACCACUGCGGCGAGAUGCUCUUCGGCCUGGUGCGGCAGGGCCUUAAGUGCGACGGCUGCGGGUUGAACUACCACAAGCGCUGCGCCUUCAGCAUCCCCAACAACUGCAGUGGGGCCCGCAAGCGGCGCCUCUCGUCCACAUCUCUGGCCAGUGGCCAUUCAGUGCGCCUCGGCAGUUCCGAGUCCCUGCCCUGCACCGCUGAGGAGCUGAGCCGUAGCACCACAGAACUCCUGCCUCGACGCCCACCCUCGUCCUCCUCUUCUUCUGCCUCAUUCUACACUGGCCGACCCAUUGAGCUGGAUAAAAUGCUGCUCUCCAAGGUCAAGGUGCCUCACACCUUCCUCAUCCACAGCUACACACGGCCCACUGUUUGCCAGGCCUGCAAGAAACUUCUCAAGGGCCUCUUUCGCCAGGGUCUGCAGUGCAAAGACUGCAAGUUUAAUUGUCACAAACGCUGUGCUACCCGGGUCCCUAAUGACUGUCUGGGGGAGGCGCUCAUCAAUGGAGAUGUGCCAAUGGAGGAGGCCACAGAUUUCAGUGAGGCUGAUAAGAACGCCCUCGUGGACGAGGCCGACGACUCCGGUGUCAUCCCUGGCUCCCACUCAGAGAAUGCCCUCCAUGCCAGCGAGGAGGAGGAAGGCGAGGGAGACAAAGCCCAGAGCUCCCUGGGCUACAUCCCGCUGAUGAGGGUGGUACAGUCAGUGCGACACACGACCCGUAAAUCCAGCACCACGCUGCGUGAGGGUUGGGUGGUUCAUUACAGCAACAAGGAUACGCUGAGGAAGCGGCACUACUGGCGCCUGGACUGCAAGUGCAUUACGCUCUUCCAGAACAACACGACCAACAGAUACUACAAGGAAAUUCCGCUGUCAGAAAUCCUCACCGUGGAGACUGCCCAGAACUUCAGCCUCGUGCCUCCAGGCACCAACCCACACUGCUUCGAGAUUGUCACUGCCAAUGCCACCUACUUUGUGGGCGAGACUCCUGGUGGGGCUCCUGGCGGGCCGAGUGGGCAAAGUGCCGAGGCCGCCCGAGGUUGGGAGACAGCCAUCCGCCAGGCCCUGAUGCCCGUCAUCCUCCAGGACGCACCCAGCGCCCCAGGCCACGCACCCCACAGACAAGCAUCUCUGAGCAUCUCUGUGUCCAACAGCCAAAUCCAGGAGAAUGUGGACAUCGCCACUGUCUACCAGAUCUUUCCAGAUGAGGUGCUGGGCUCGGGGCAGUUUGGAGUGGUCUAUGGAGGAAAGCACCGGAAGACGGGCAGGGAUGUGGCAGUGAAGGUCAUUGACAAAUUGCGCUUCCCCACCAAGCAGGAGAGCCAGCUGCGGAAUGAAGUGGCCAUUCUCCAGAGUCUGCGGCACCCCGGGAUCGUGAACCUGGAGUGCAUGUUCGAGACGCCCGAGAAGGUGUUCGUGGUGAUGGAGAAGCUGCACGGGGACAUGCUGGAGAUGAUCCUCUCCAGCGAGAAGGGCCGGCUGCCCGAGCGCCUCACCAAGUUCCUCAUCACCCAGAUCCUGGUGGCAUUGAGACACCUUCACUUCAAGAAUAUUGUCCACUGUGACUUGAAACCGGAAAACGUGUUGUUGGCAUCAGCUGACCCCUUUCCUCAGGUGAAGCUGUGUGACUUUGGCUUUGCCCGUAUCAUUGGAGAGAAAUCCUUCCGGCGCUCAGUGGUGGGCACACCUGCCUACCUGGCGCCCGAGGUGCUGCUCAACCAGGGCUACAACCGCUCCCUGGACAUGUGGUCGGUGGGUGUGAUCAUGUAUGUCAGCCUCAGUGGCACGUUCCCCUUCAACGAGGAUGAGGACAUCAAUGAUCAGAUCCAGAACGCUGCAUUCAUGUACCCAGCCAGCCCCUGGAGCCACAUCUCAGCUGGAGCCAUCGACCUCAUCAACAACCUGCUGCAGGUGAAGAUGCGCAAGCGCUACAGCGUGGACAAGUCUCUCAGCCACCCCUGGCUACAGGAGUACCAGACGUGGCUGGACCUCCGAGAGCUGGAGGGGAAGAUGGGCGAGCGGUACAUCACACACGAGAGCGACGACGCGCGCUGGGAGCAGUUUGUGGCCCAGCGCCUGCUGCCGGGCCCCGGGCUACCUGCUGACGCGGAGCUCGGUGGCACCCGUUUGCCACAGGACCACGAGAUGCAGGGACUGGCCGAGCGCAUCAGUGUCCUCUGAGUGUCCCCGCCUGGUUGUCGCCCUCGGGAGCAGCCUUACAUACCAUUCCAGGAACAAACUGUUCUAGGGGAAGUGGCUUCCUGCCCACACCUAUGGGACAUGUGCAGGGGGUUGGGGUGGGGAGUUAUUCCCAAAGGCCCCCCUCUCCCUCCCCCACUAUUAAAAUGGACUGGUCUCUGGC